AUGUCUGGAUUGUUGUCGGGUAGAACAGCAGGGAACCUGACGAGUGCAAACAUCGGUUACCGGAUUCACUUUGGCGACUUGCAAAGGAUACACAUCCAGUACCUGCACAGCAAGCUCGUCAAUCUGGCUGUCUCGGCACAUUUACACGAUUCGGAGUGGAGACCAGGAGGAAAAGCAGAGCAGAUCGGUCAAGUAAUGAAGGAAUACAUCGAAGCAGUCAAGGACCACGAGUACAUGGGCAAAUACGCCAACGCGGCCGAUGACCCCUUCAUCGCCACCAGCCAAAGGCUUUACGACAAGAUCUUCCUCGAGUCGGCCAUGGACCACGACGGCUACAGAAUGCCGAAAGACUUUUUACCUCCUCCACAACAACAAUCCCCAAAGAACCACCAAUCACGCUCGCAGCACGAAACACCCGCGCAACUAGUCAGCCUCCUCAUGAGACACGCUGCCCCAGCCGGUCCGUGGGAACGCGACAAUACCGACAAGCCAGCCCGCGCCCUGAUUAGCACGCGGACCAAAGCCUGGAAGCGCGCAUACUGGACGAGAAUCAGCGCGGCUUCUAUCGGUGGUGCCUUCCUUAUUGCGCCCAUGUGGAUUCUGGGCCUGCAGAGGAACUUGUACGUCCAUCUGGGUGUCGCGACGGGGUGUAUCAUAGCUUUCGGUACCUCCAUGUCGCUUUAUUUAGAGACGGUGGAUAGUGUUUUUGCAGCGACUUUGGCGUACGCGGCGGUUAUUAUGGUAUUUGUCGGUAUUAUUAUCGAGGAAACCGGUGGAAAAGCAGAGGCGUGA